AUGGUAUUUCACUCAAAACAAGAAGUCCAUACAAACCUAUGCUUCUGGGGUCAUUUUGAACCAUUUUCCCCUAUUCUCACCUCCAAAUUAACGUCUUUUUCAAAGAAUCCUCUAAUUUAAUGAAAAUGAAUUGAAUACCAUUUGCGAAAUUGUCCCAUCAGCUCUCAAAGAUUACGUCUCCGUUCGGUAGCAAAACCGCCUACGAUCUGCCGCAAUCUCUCCACCGUCGACGAAAAUUUCUUACCUAAAACCCUCCGCUGCCGUUAUGGCUACUGGAACUGCAAGGCGCCUUAUUCACAACUUCCAUUAUGCCAGAAAUUUUCUCAGGAAACAGGAGUGGCAGGCAAGAUCUGUAACUGUGAAUAAUGUUCUUAUGCAUUUUCAGAGCUCAAAAGUAGAUAAGGUGGAAAACGAUGUGAAUAAAGAAGGUGAAGUUUUACGUGAAGUUUCUUUAAGGUCAGAAAUGGGAAAGAAUAGCACAAUAGAUUGUAAACGUUCCGAGUAUGUUGAAGAUACAACUGAUAGUAACUGGAGGUCAGAGCUUGCUUGGUUGACAAAAGCUCUCGAACCAGCUUUGCAAUUGUAUAGGUGGGCACUGUCAUCAGGGGAUGGAAUUCCACAUAGAAGUCGUUCUGUUUCAGAAAUCAUUGCAAGUAUCCAGCGGAGUAAGACAGGAAUCCAGGAUUGGAGCUUGAGUGAUCUUACAAUUGGAUUAUGCCUUAUAUAUCUCCGUCAAGCUUCAACAAAUCCGUUGGAGGACCUUAAGGGUGUCCAGAUCUCUUCAAAUGCGAUUGUCGAAGAUCUCAUCUACUUCGUUGAACUAGCUGAGGGUUCUUAUAAGAAUUCUACAUCUAUGCUUGCAAAAACCACCAUGCUUAGAGAGUGCAACAUAUUGAAGUUUGUUAAAAAUUCCAGUGUUAUGAGGCCUGGUUAUUAUAUAGGGGUUGAUACAAGAAAGAAACUUGUAAUCUUUGGAAUUCGAGGAACUCAUACAGUAUAUGAUCUCAUCACUGAUAUUAUUACAACAAGUGAUAGAGAUGUGACAUUUGAAGGAUAUUCUACACACUUUGGCACGUCUGAAUCUGCUCAGUGGUUUCUUCAAAAUGAGAUCGGAAUGAUAAGGAGAUGCUUGGAGAAAUAUCAGGGUUUUAGGUUAAGGCUUGUGGGUCAUUCCCUUGGUGGAGCUAUAGCUUCACUUCUAGCUGUAAUGCUUCGUAAAAAGUCAAAAAAGGAGCUUGGAUUUAGCCCUGAUAUUGUUUCUGCCAUUGGAUUUGGAACACCUCCUUGUGUUUCAAGGAAACUUGCUGAGAGCUGUGCAGACUAUGUUACCACCGUUGUGAUGCAGGAUGAUGUUAUCCCUAGACUAAGUGUAGCUUCUCUAACAAGGCUAAGGAUUGAAAUUCUGCAAACUGAUUGGAUGAGUUUGAUAGGUAAAGAAGACUGGAAAAGUAUCAUUGAUUUGGUCACAAAUGCAAAGCAGGUAGUUACAUCAGUACAAGAUGUUGCUCAAAAACUUGCGGAUUAUGCCAAGUUCACAAGCAAGAAAAAAUCCUCUGAUGAUAACAAUAAAAAAGAGUCAGAUGUGGCCUCUGGAUCUCCUAGGUCAUGCGCUACCUCUGCGCUGCAGAGUGCUACAGCUGCUCAAAACAAAGCCGCUAGAUGUAAAAUUUCGGAUGAACUAUUCAUACCAGGGACAGUGUAUUAUCUGAAGAGGCAUGUGGAUAGUACUCCAGAAUACUUCUCUCUGUGGAAGCGGCAUCCUGAUGAACAUUUCCAGCAAAUAGUGCUCUCAAACAUCCUUCUUUCGGAUCAUAAAUGUGAUAGCCACUACUAUGCUCUGAGGGAUGUACUUAAAGGCCUACCAAUAUCAUCGUGCAGCAAUGAAGUCCGAGAAUAAGUUCCUCCAAAAAAAUAAAGUCCUAAGACGAAGAGUUACAAAGUGUCUCAAGACUUGCUGAAAUCAAACCAGAUUCCUACCCUCCCAAAGUUGAUAACCAUACACCAAUGUGUUUUCUAGAUUAUUAUUGAAGUAAUAAUUUUUAGUUCCUUAUACUAUUGGCAUAUUUAGUUUGACUUUCUAAGGAGUGUUUGGGACAUGUAUGUUUUGUGUUUGGUGUAGAUUAUUUUAAUUUAAACUUUUAUAGUAUGUGUUUAAGUGUAAACUAAACUAUUUUAGUUUGAGAAAGAAAUAAGAAACAAGGUAGUAUACUUUAGCAAA